AUGAGAAGUUUCAAAUGUGUUGUUGUUGGUGAUGGUGCUGUUGGUAAAACUUGUUUAUUGAUCAGUUAUACUACAAAUACAUUCCCACAAGAUUAUAUUCCAACAGUUUUCGAUAAUUAUACCAAGAAUACUUUAUUUGAAGGUGCACAUUAUAAAUUAGAAUUAUGGGAUACAGCAGGUCAAGAAGAUUAUGAUAGAUUAAGACCUUUAUCUUAUCCUCAAACUGAUGCUUUCAUAGUUUGUUUCUCAAUUGUGGAACCAUCUUCUUUCAAAAAUAUUAAAAGUAAAUGGAUCCCAGAAAUUAGACAUCAUUCUUCAGAUUCAGUACAAAUACUUCUUGUUGGUACAAAAGCUGAUUUAAGAGAAGAUCCUCAUACUUUAGAUAGAUUAGAAGAAUCUGGUAAUGAACCAAUAUCCAAAGCUGAAGGUAAAAAAAUUGCCAAAGAAUAUGGCCUUUAUGAUUAUUUAGAAUGUUCUGCUGCAACUCAAGAAGGUGUUGAAGAAAUUUUUGAUUCUGUGAUAAAAGCAGUUUUACAAAGUGAAAAAGAUGCAAGUGUUCCACCUGCUCCAACUGUUGUUACUAAUCAAAAUAGAAAUGUUUCUGAAACUCAACAACCUACAAGGAUAUCUAAAAAACCAAGAAAGAAGGCUAAAUGUACAAUUUUAUAA